UUCCGUUAUAAGCGUGCGUCGGUUCUGUGCAACUGAAAGCUCUCGCGCCCUCACGUCUAACGUAAGGUUCGUGCUUCGCGUGGAUACCAGUCGACCCAAACCCGACCCGACUCGGACCCGUGCAGAUCCGUUCGCCGUUUAGCCGCUGCUUGCUAGACAACUUCGAGUUGAACCCAAAUAUGUCUACCAUCGUCUGCUGGCAAACGGAUCAGGUUACAAUACACGACCAACCUAGUAAAGGCUUCAUUCUAUAGCCAACGGGAUCCCGAGGACUUGAUUACAGUCGCUCUAAGCCUGAGAGUUUGCGUUAACGCGGCUGCCCCGCCCUUCCAUUCGCCCUGGUUCUCUGGCAUCACCUCUGCCACCUGCUCAGACGUGAAGCAAAAAGACCCGAAGCACAACGGUUUCUCUAAAAAAUCUUCUAAGAAUUUCUGAUUAGGCUUUAACUUUCAAAACCAGCAAAAAUGAUUCCCAACGGAUACCUGAUCUUCGAGGACGAGACAUUCCUUGACUCCACCGUCGCCAAGAUGAACGCCCUGAGAAAGAGCGGACAGUUCUGUGACGUCAGACUGCAGGUGUGUGGUCAUGAGUUGAUGGCGCACCGCGCCGUGCUGGCUUGCUGCAGCCCGUACCUGUUCGAGAUCUUCAACAGCGACCUGGAGCCUCACGGCGUCUCCCACGUCAAGUUUGAGGAUCUGAACCCUGAGGCUGUGGAGAUACUGCUCAACUAUGCCUACACUGCCCAACUGAAAGCGGAUAAGGAGUUGGUUACUGAGGUCUACUCUGCAGCCAAACGACUUAAGAUGGAAAGAGUGAAGCAGAUUUGUGGAGACUACCUGCUCUCUAAGAUGGACUCCCAGAACUCCAUUUCCUAUCGUAACUUUGCCAGCAGCAUGGGUGACGCUCGUCUGCUCGCCAAGGUCGACUGCUACAUCCAGGAACACCUUUUGGAGAUCUCAGAGCAGGAGGAUUUCCUCAAACUGCCUCGUCUUAAAUUGGAGGUGGUGCUGGAGGAUCAUCUGUGCUUGCCCAGUAACGGGAAGCUGUACUCGAAGGUGAUCAGCUGGGUGCAGCGCAGCCUGUGGGAGAACGGGGAGCCGCUGGAGAAACUGAUGGAGGAGGUGCAAACGCUGUACUAUUCGGCCGAUCACAAGCUGCUCGAUGGGGGCCUGCUUGAGGGCCAGGCCGAGGUGUUUGGCGCUGAGGAUGACCGCGUUCAGUUCGUGCAGAAAAAGACACCGCGAGAGAACGUUCACAGGCAGCUGAGCAACAGCUCGUCCGGCAGCCUCUCGCCUGGCUCGGCUAAACAGGAGUGGAAGUACAUCGCCUCCGAGAAGACCACCAACAGUACGUACCUGUGUCUGGCGGUGCUCAAUGGCGUGCUGUGCGUCAUCUUCCUGCACGGCCGCAGCAGUCCCCAGGUCUCGCCCUCGGCCACGCCCUGCCUGCAGAAGAGUUUAAGCUUUGAAGCUCCGCCCAUCGAAGAAGCUCCGGAGCGACAGCUGGCUCCCAUGCACUACGCCCGCUCCGGCCUCGGGACCGCCGCGCUCAACAACCGACUCAUCGCUGCAGGUGGUUAUAACCGUGAGGAGUGCCUGAGGACUGUGGAAUGUUACGACCUGAAGACCGACAGCUGGAGUUUCAUCGCGCCCAUGAGGACGCCUCGGGCCCGCUUUCAGAUGGCUGUGCUUAUGGGUCAGCUGUACGUGAUGGGUGGCUCCAACGGUCACUCGGAUGAGCUGAGCUGCGGCGAGAUGUACAACCCGAACGCGGACGAAUGGACCCAAGUGCCAGAGCUCCGGACCAACCGCUGCAACGCAGGCGUCUGCUCCCUCAACAACAAGCUCUACGUUGUGGGCGGAUCCGACCCCUGUGGGCAGAAAGGUCUGAAGAACUGUGACACUUUUGAUCCCGUGACCAAGGAGUGGACCGGCUGUGCCCCUUUAAACAUCAGGAGGCACCAGGCAGCCGUCUGUGAGUUGGACGGCUACAUGUACGUGAUCGGAGGAGCGGAGUCCUGGAACUGUCUAAACAGCGUGGAGCGCUACAACCCUGAGAACAACACCUGGACUCUGGUCGCGCCCAUGAACGUGGCUCGGAGGGGUGCCGGCGUGGGCGUCUACGCAGGGAAGCUGUUUGUGGUGGGCGGGUUCGACGGCUCACACGCCCUGCGCUGCGUAGAGGUCUACGACCCGGCCCGCAACGAGUGGAGGAUGCUCGGGAGCAUGAACUCGGCACGGAGCAACGCCGGAGUGGCCGUACUCGCCAACCUCAUCUUCGCCAUCGGCGGCUUCGACGGGAACAACUUCCUGAACACGGUGGAGGCGUACAACCCGGAGCUGGAUGAGUGGAGCACCUGCGCCGAGGCUUUCAGCAGCGCCCAAUCGGCGUGAUGGAACAGGGCGGGGCGGGGGGGGGGGUAUGGGG